AGAAACUGCGCAGACAAUAAUAAACAAGAUGGCCGAUCCCGAAGCUUCAUCGUCAAGCGGAGAGCCAUCAGACAUUCAAGAAAAUGACAAAGCUGAAGAGUUCAUUGAACCUGAAAAGAAGAGACGAAAAAUUUGCAAAAUUCCUGACGGAAAAUCGGAUAAACUUGAACAAAGGUUGGGUGGGAUAUUGUGUUGCGCUGUAUGUUUGGAUCUUCCGAGGGCUGCUGUUUAUCAGUGUACCAAUGGGCACCUGAUGUGUGCUGGAUGCUUUACUCAUGUACUGGCAGAUGCAAGAUUGAGAGAUGAGAUUGCAACAUGUCCCAACUGCAGGAUUGAAAUUAGUAAAACAUCUGCUUCUCGGAAUCUGGCUGUAGAAAAGGCUGUGAAUGAACUGCCUUCAGAAUGUCAGUUCUGUGGUAAAGAUUUUCCACGGAUUACUUUAGAGAGACAUGAAGAGACACUGUGUGAUGAGAGGAUUACAAACUGCAAGUAUAGUCGUAUUGGAUGCCCGUGGCGUGGCCCAUUUCAUGAGGCAGCAGAGCAUGAACAAGUGUGUGCACAUCCUCACCGCUCUGGGGCAGAGGUGAUGGAAGCUUUGCAGGUCAUCGACCUGAAGUGUGAAGAAGAGAAGAGGUUAUACAAUUGUGUAUUUGACUUGCUGUCAUAUGAGAAGAUAACAUUCAAUGACUUGCAGAUAAAGCCAUAUCGCACGGAUGAGUUUGUACAUAAGCUGUUCUAUGAGACGAGCCGGUUCACUGCUUUCAACAAUCAAUGGGUGAUGAAGGCACGCAUUAACAAUAGCCAGAGAGACCCAACACAGAGCUCCGAGCGGAACAUGACUUACCAGUUGAUCCUGAAAACCAAGACAACAUACCCUCUGGCACUCCACUACUUGAUAUUACGUGGUCCUUUUGGGGAUAUGAAGGUCAAUGCAAAGAUUCACAAGUUUGAGUUUACGGACCAAGAGAACGAGAGUCCUUAUGUGCAGCUCCCUCUUGCUGAUACAGCUGAAUGUAACCGCUUGUUGGCAGCAAAAGUUAUCAACUUUCGGCUUAUCAUGUUUCUGUCAUCAAAGUAGACAACAGUGUGCUCUAAGGAAAUUACUUCUGACCAGAAGCAUAGUUGUUACGUUGCUUAGAUGUGUGGCUUUAAGUAGUUGUGCAUACUCGUUGUAGGCUAAGUAAGUCUCUCAGUAGAGGUUAGAAACUGAUAUCAGAAGCUUUAAUACAGUCUCUUCACAUUCUCUGUAACCAAACAAAGACAUAAAAAAUGAACUUGUAUUUAUGAAUUACUCGUGAUAUUGGAAAGACAUUAUUUAAAAAACUAGAAUGACUCAAUUUAUUAAAAACAACCUAAAAGGGCACUUUCUAAUAUUGUUAAAACGUGUCCUUAUUUUACAGCCAUCUUUGGUAGGCAGGACUUUAGAUAUGUCUGGCUCAUUUAAAUUAUAGACAUGGAUGGUGUCUGUGUUACUUCAUUGUAUUGUAUUAUGUGCUUGUAUACCUAUAUGUUUUUUUUAACAGAUUGUGUAUAAUCCUGAAUAGGUGUUGUUUUUCAAGCCAGGCUUAGAGGGAAUGCCUUAUGAUGGAAAUAGCUGUCCUUUAUUUACAUUUAUUGUAUCACAUAAUAGCAAGAUAUAUAUAUAUAUAUAUAUUUAUUUAUACUCUAAGUUACUCAUUUAAGUAACCAUAAAAGCUAUAUUAUAUAUUAAAUUUCUGUUUCUUACUAUGAAAUAGUUAUAUUGACUAAUAGAUACAAAAAUUAAGAGUGAAGUAGUAUGUGAUUUUGUAAUACUGUAAUUACAAUAAUUUUGAUUACAAGAUCAGUGAUGCUUUCUUAUCCCAGUUGUCAAUAGUAGUUAUGAAACAGCGAAGAUUAUUCUCCAUGUGAUAUUUGUGUUGGUUUUCUGUACUUACACCAUAAAGUUCAUUAUUUUUAA